GUUCGUGCCGUGCCGUGCCGCAGGGGCUGAAAAAUCAAAAAAAUGUAUUAGAAAAUGGCAAUGGUGCCGGCUUUGCAGACGUGGAACUUCCACGUAGCGAGUCCUUAAUUUUUCUGAUUCAGGAUAUGGCAUAUCUUAAAAUGAGAAUUUUGUAAAAUUUAAUUCAUAAUGAGGAGUCCUGGAGCUGACACACAAAUUGAAGUGACCGAGGGCGAUCUACCAACAGAUGUUAACAAAUGGAAUCCCACAAUAGACACAUCUUUUUAUAUAAAUGAUCAGAGUCAGUCAAUAUCUCAUAGAAAAUUUAUAAGGAGAUGGAAUCGCUUGUCUCGCCUGCAGAGAUCCAUUGUGUAUGCAGUGAUAGUUAUAGCUGUAACAGUGGGGGUUCUCUUCUAUAAUGCUAGGGAAACAAAGCCCGAGGAAAAAACGAAUAUUAGCCAGCUUCCUGUGGAACCAGUGAAGAAUAUGUCUCUAGUCAACGAGCCAGUCGCGGAACCAGUAUUAAUCAGCAACAAACCCGCCUUUGAAAUUGAACUGAAUGAGAGACCAGUCUUUACUGGUCCCACAAACGCGAAACAGUAUGCAGUGGUGGAGAGCUUCAGGCACGCGUGGAAGGGCUACAAGACACACGCCUGGGGCCACGACAACUUGAAGCCGUUGUCCGGGAUGCCUUACGAUUGGUUCUCCCUGGGGCUCACCAUCGUCGACGCUUUGGAUACUGCAUUUAUUAUGGGACUGACUGAAGAAUUCGACGAGGGGCGCGAAUGGGUCAGCAAAGAGCUCGUGUUCACGCGCAACAAGGAUGUGAACUUCUUCGAGGUGACCAUCAGAGUGCUGGGCGGGCUGCUCGCCAACUACCACUACACGCAGGACGAGAUGUUCUUGAAGAAAGCGGAGGACCUAGGCGACCGUCUGAUGGCAGCGUUCAACUCGCCUUCGGGCAUCCCGUACUCGGACGUUAACCUGGGCACGCGCACCGCGCACGCGCCCGAGUGGUCUCGCUACAGCACCACGGCGGAGGUCACCACCGUGCAGCUCGAGUUCCGCGAGCUGUCGCGCGCCUCCAACAACCCGGCGUUCGAGGACGCAGCGGCAGCGGUAUCGGAGAAGAUCCACCAGCUGCCUAAGAAACACGGUCUGGUGCCCAUCUUCAUCAACCCUCACACCGGGCAGUUCCUGCCGCACGCCACCAUCACGCUGGGGGCGCGCGGCGACAGCUACUACGAGUACCUGCUCAAGCAGUGGCUGCACACCGGCAAGACCAUCAACUAUUUGCUGGACGACUAUCUGACCGCGAUUGAGGGUGUACGGGAAUUCCUGGCGAGACGGUCGACGCCUAACAAGUACUUAUUCAUUGGGGAGUUGCUGGCCGGAUCUGAGGCCUUCAACCCCAAGAUGGACCACCUGACCUGUUUCCUGCCGGGCACGCUGGCGCUCGGCCACGCCAACGGGCUGCCCGACUGGCACAUGACCAUGGCCGAAGAGCUGAUGACCACGUGCUACCUCACAUACAAGGCGCACCCCACGUUCCUAGCGCCGGAGAUCACGCAUUUCAACUUGGCGAGUGCCACGUCAGACAUGUACACGAAGACGGCGGACUCGCACAGCCUGCUGCGGCCCGAGUUCAUAGAGAGCCUAUUCUACAUGUACCAGAUCACCGGCAACGCCACCUACCAGGACUGGGGCUGGCAGAUUUACCAGGGCUUCGAGAAGUAUGCCAAGGUCGCCAACGGUUACACGUCUCUAGCCAACGUGAAGAGUGAGAAGCCGGUGCAACGCGACAUGAUGGAGUCGUUCUUCCUCUCCGAAACGCUCAAGUACCUCUACCUCUUAUUCAGCGACGACAGAUACCUUAUAGACUUGAGCAAAUACGUUUUGAACUCCGAAGCUCAUCCCCUGCCUAUACACAAGUCAUAGACUUACAUACGCAUCUUUUCCGGAAAUUAUGUGACCACUCUCAUGUACAGUUAUCAUAGACUACACAGACACCACAUUAUGAAGCGUUUACAAAGAGCACGAGGUCACCACGAUUGGAGUAGCACAACUAGGGGUGGUAUUCCACCUAUCCAAUUUCUUGUCCUAUCUGUAUUGCGUCUCACAUUUUGUUUUAAUGAGAGUGAGACGCACUGACAUUGGACAAAUAAAUUGGACCUGUGGAAUACCACCCUAAGAUAUUUUCUACACUAUUUUAUAAUUGGUAUAACAACCCAGGUACACUUCUAACGCUUAUUUUUUGUACAUAUCUUUAAUUUACACGAGUAGUGGUCGUAAUAAUUAGUAUAACAACCCAGGUACACCUCUAAUGCUUAUUUUUUGUACAUAUCUUUAAUUUACACGAGUAGUGGUCGUAAUAAUUAGUAUAACAACCCAGGUACACCUCUAAUGCUUAUUUUUUGUACAUAUCUUUAAUUUACACGAGUAGUGGUCGUAAUAAGCGAUCGCGCUCCCAUACUAAAUUUUGUUUGGGAGCGCUUAUGUGUGGUGACCUCGAUUGUCUCAUGUGUGUCGUCUAGUGGUUGAGGUGGCCUGUGACAUUUAGCAAAUAAGCGCGGUAAACCACCAUCCCUAGGAAGUCUAUAUGAAAGAGGGUAGUACUUUUCUUAGUAAUCGACUUACCUGACUGAAUUCCCACGUCCGAGCGACGCGAUCCUUAAUAACUUUCAAAUGCGGCCAUUUAUACAUAGAAGCCCUCUGUACAGCCGCCUAGCUGCUGCUAGCUGUCCUGCUUAAUCCUUUGUAUUGAUAACAUACUUAAUUUUUUCCAUGAAGUUCGUUUGUACAAUUUUAUCGACCGUGUAUCUGUAUAAGGCAAACCGUGGCAUAUUAUUACGUUUUCAUUGCGAUUUGCAAUAAAAUUAAAUGUUGUUAUUAUUCUAUAUGUACGAAGUACCCUUAUAAUUGUCCUUUUGCCAGCGACUUCAAAACUGUCGCAGAAGUUGUGAAACUAACAUUAACUCCAUCCUUAUAAUACUUGGUACUGAAUCAAAGUACUUACGUGGUUAUAAAUGUAUUAUAUACAUUUGUGUACUUGUAAACAGGACUAAGAUAAUUUUUAUAAUAAGUACAUUUAAUGCACGUAAAAUAGUAUCUUAAGGUAAGCUCCCGAGUGAGAUAACUUUUUAUUAUAAUAUGUAUAAUAGUCUUACAGGUUUUAAAUUAGCUACGAAACAAGUUUCUUAUGUUCACAUUAUUACAUUUAUUCAUGAGGCAACAUCUUGUAAUGCGCUUAGUAAGUUAGCAUUAUCAAGUAGAUACACACGUACUGUUUUAAAUUUUAUGUAUGGUUGGUUGCCUUUUGGUACACCGAAAAACAUUAGGCAUAGCAUCGUAAGAAUAGGCCACGUACAGUCGCCUGCGUUCGCGGUGAUCCACUUUUGAACCUUAAUAUACUGGAAUAGACUCUAAAAGUGGAACACCGCGAACGCAAGAGACUGUACGUAGGUACCAUGUCAUGAUGUCUCGAAACUGCCUCGCCCUUUAGAGCCACCCCACACUAGCGUCUUUUGAGCGUCGGCGUCUAGUCAGCGCUAUGGAAAAUGGCGUCGCUGCGCAGUUGCGCCAACGUUGCGUCGAGCAACGGCCGUAGAGUUGACUAGACGCGGACGCUCGGGAGACGCUAGUGUGGGGUGGCCCUUUAUUUUUAUAAUAAAAUAUUUUUACCAUAAUUUUUCACUUGGUUGUAUAGUUUGUAACAAUACUAACAAUUGUCUUUUCUUGAGAUGCAAGUCUUACCAGUGAGAUUAAGUUGAAAGUAAGUCAAAACGCAUGGUUUAACUUACCACCAUGUCAUUUUGUUUUGCGAGUGCGGGACCAAUCGUUUGAUAUGGCAACGUCAUGUUUUCAUGUAAUUUAAAACGAAAUCGAUCGAAUUUGUUGUUACUAGACCUUGUUUAUGAGAUGUUAUUAUUUUAGUUACUUUAAUUGGUUUUCCGUUGGAACAUAUUUUAAUGAAAUUUUAUAAUGAGUUGUAAUAGUUAUUAAAAUUUUAGACUUAUAUAAUUUAUACUCGUAAUAUUCUUGACGCGGCGUAUUGUGUGUACACGUUAAUAAGCCCGGAGAUCAAUAAUAGAAGGAUAACGCCCUGCAUGUAACCCAAUCAUAAUAUAAUAAUUCGCUUUAUUAAUAAUUCUCUUUAAUAAUUUUGCGUGCAUUUAUGCGGUUGAUAGCUAUCGUUUAAAUAAUAUAUAUUUGUAUCAUAUUGUUUUACCAAAAAGCAAGGCAUUACACUUAAUGUACUCUUAAGUUGUUUUUUUAUUUUAUUUAAAACUGCCACUGUCGAUGGCGUGUAAAGAUGUAUUCUAUGUUAAUCAUUCAGUAAAGUGUAUGUAAAUAUUAUUUUUAUUAUGCAUUCCUGAUUUAUAAAUAUUUAGUUACCAAAAAACUAGUUAGGCAAAACAUACUGAUAGAAUAGAUAAAUGUAAUAAAUCAUGUAUCUACUUA